AUGCGAGCCGCUCGUUUCUCUUUCCUCGUUUACUCCCUCUCCCUGCUGGCCGUGGUCGCCGGUCAGAGUACCGCCGUCACUAAUGGCAACGUUGGCGGAGGAAAUGCCAUCACCUCUGGAAACGCCGCUCCCACCACCGCCGAAGAAGCAGCCACCACCUCGGUCCCUUCCGCUGAGACGACGGUAGCCGACAAGACUUCCUCCACCAAAGACACGAAGCCCACGGAGGCAACGACCUCGUCCACUACCUCGGAGGAACCAGCGAAGGAGACCACGAGCUCCACCACCGAAGCCCCUGCCGCCAAAACCACCGCAGAGAAUACCAAACAGACGACAGCACCCAAGACCACCAAGGCUGACCAGACCACGGAAGCAGCCCCCAAGACCACCGCUGCUGAUGCCACCAGCACCGGCACCAGCACCACGGAAUCCAGCGCUACCCCCGUGGUGAAGACGAUCACCACAAUGCGUACCAUUAGCGGCACUCCCAUCGAAACCACGAUGACCACGACCUCCGCCGACAAGAACGCUGCCGCCGAUUCUACCGAGUCUCCCGGUCUGAACGGAUCCUCCGAGGAGUCCAAGAGCUCGGGUCUCUCGAAGGGCCAGAAGAACAUCAUCAUCGGUGUCGUGGUGGGUGUCGGUGGUGCCAUCCUGAUCGGAGCCCUCGGUGUGGUAGCCUGGAGAAUCCGAGCCCGCAAGCAGAACGCCCGCGACAACGACGAAGCCGCCGAUCUUAUGAGCGGUACCGCCGUCGGUGCCGGCGCUCGUGAGAAGGCUCCCAGCCCCGGAGCUGGCGGCACGCCCUUCAAGAGCACGCUCGACCAAUAUCACAACCCCGGACCGGUGAACGCCGCUUCGAACUUUUAA